AAGUAGUGGAAAAGGUAGGGGCUCUGCUUGGGUCUCUCUUAUAUCUCUCCACUCAGGCUGUCGUCAAGUCUUCACAUCACUUCAUUCCACAUACACAAGAACACUACAACAACCGCCCAAGAUGAUGUCCCAAGCAGCAAUGCAGGCCGAAAAGGUCAUAGGCCAUGGCGACAACGCCACUACCGCGCAGGAUGUCACCAACCCCGGCAACGACGAAAGGACGGCCGACAAGUCAGAAACCAUGAAGGCUCUUGCGUGGUACGGCAAGAACGACGUCCGCAUGGUAGACACGCCAAAGCCAAAGAUCAUUGAGCCUCGCGAUGUUAUUGUCAAGGUCACCGGAUCCACCGUUUGCGGUUCCGACCUGCACUUGCUCCACGGCUCCGUCGUCGAGAUGCAAAAGGGCGACAUUCUCGGUCACGAGUUCUGCGGUGUUGUCGAAGACUGCGGCCCCGAGGUCAAGAAGUUCAAGAAGGGUCAACGAGUUGUUGCCUCUUUCCAGAUCGCCUGCGGUGACUGCUACUAUUGCAAGCAGAAGCUUUCCUCGCAAUGCGAAAAGACAAACUCCAACACCAUCGAGAAUGCCAUGUACGGCGGCCGGACCGCGGGCAUGUUCGGAUACUCGCACUUCACGGGUGGCUUCGCUGGUGGCCAGGCAGAAUACACCCGUGUUGCCUAUGGUGACGUGAACCUGCUGCCCCUUCCCGAUGAUGUCCCAGAUGAGCAGGGUCUCUUCCUCUCCGAUGUGCUGUGCACGUCGUGGCACGCUGUUGUCGACACUGGCGUCAAGCAGGGAGAUGUGGUAGCCAUCUGGGGGGCUGGUCCCAUUGGCCAAAUGGCUGCCGACUUCUCUCUGAUGAACGGCGCAUCAAGGGUCAUCAUGAUCGACGCCAACUGGCGUCUCGACUUUAUCAAGAACAAAUACCCCAACAUCGAAACCAUCGACUUCUCUGCACUGUCCAAGGGAGAGUCGGUCACAAGCAAGCUCAAGGAAAUGUGCAACAACCGCGGUCCUGACGUCAGCAUCGAGUGCGCUGCUGGAGAGUAUGCAAAGGGCUGGGCGCAUUACUUUGAGAUGAUGCUUGGGCUCGAGACCGACACCAGCGAGCUCAUCAACGAGAUGAUUACGAGCACACGCAACAUGGGCCGCUGCGGUAUCACGGGUGUCUACGUCGGCUACACCAACCACUUCAACAUUGGAUCUCUCAUGGAGCGUGGCAUCCGCCUGAUUGGCAACGGCCAAGCACCCGUACACAUGUACUGGGAAUCGCUCCUCCAGAUGAUCCAGGAAAAGCGCAUCGACCCUUCCAAGAUGGUCACGCACCGUGUCCGUCUCGAGGACCUGGACAAGGUCUACUACAAGUUUGAGAAGAAGGAGGAUGGCCGCCGCUGA